AUGUCCUUCAUCUUCCGCCGCUUCUUCUCCAGCACAACAUCAACCAUGUCCGACGCCGCUACUCAGAAGGCUAAGCAGCUGAUCAACGACAACGCUGUCGUUGUUUUCAGCAAGUCCUACUGCCCCUACUGCUCCAACACCAAGCAAAUCCUCGACGGCCUCAAUGCCAAGUACGCUACCUACGAGCUCAACCAGGAAAGCGAUGGCUCCGAUGUCCAGGACGCUCUUCUCAAGUUGACCGGCCAGCGCACUGUCCCGAACAUCUUCAUUGGCAAGCAGCACAUUGGCGGCAACUCCGAUCUCGAGGCUGUUGUCAAGAACGGCAAGAACGGCAAGAAGAUCCAAGAGCUCCUCCAAGAGGCGGGCGCUCUGGAGAACCGUCGGCAAAGGGAAAAAGCGCUCGAGAGGCUCAAAUGGUAG